AUGGCAUGCUAUGUAGUGCCUUACUAUGAAGGGUACACUUCAAGGUUGAAGUUUGAAUGUGAUUCAAAGCUCGUUGGGGUCCAUUUGGUAAAGAAGCAUGAAGAGAAGGCAAUAGAUCAUACUGAUGUUGGUGUGCUCCACGAAGAUGUUGGCCAUGCUCAUUUUGCAUUGGCCUUGAGGUUGGUAAGAGUUGAGAUCAUUGGCAGAUUUGAGAAGAAAGGUUUUCAGUUGAAGAAUGCUAGUUAUCCAAUUCAACAUGGCAUGGAAGGGCAGUUGUCGGACAUCAAUACAAGCUCCGCUACAAGCAGAUUUCAGGGUACAGAGGAUAAUAGAUAUGUAGUUGGGGAGGAGACUGAUUCGCCAUGUACAUCUUCUAGAGUCGAAGAAGUUAAUUUUGAUAUUCUAGAUGAACAAGAAACCGAGUCUGGCAGUGCAGGAACAUCUAAGAAGACACAAAUGGAUGACAUUGAUGAGCCAAUGUCGGGGAUGGAGUUUAAUUCCCUAGAAGAUUUAAUCAGUUAUUAUAAAGAAUAUGGUAAGAAAAGCGGGUUUGGGGUGAUGACUAAAAGAAGUGAGAGGGGAGAGGAUGAGACUGUUAGAUAUGUCACCCUUGCCUGUGCCCGUGGUGGGAAGGCAAGGAAUAGACUCUUGAAUGUCUCCAACCCACGUCCGACAGGAAAGACGGAGUGUAAGGCCAAAAUAAAUGCCUUAAAAGCUGAUGAUGGAAAGUUUAGGCUGACUACAGUUCAUAAUAUCCACAAUCACGGCCUCAGUCCGAAGAAAUCCCGCUUCUUUCGAUGUAACCGAGAAGUGAGUGAAUCUGUCAAAAGAGUUCUAGAUACAAAUGAUUUGGCUGGCAUCCGAAUGAACAAGAGCUUCAGAUCUCUGGUUGUAGGCGCAGGUGGAUUUGAGAACCUCCCGUUUUUGGAAAAAGACUGUCGUAACUACAUCAACAAGGCUAGGCAUCUACGACUGGGCGCAGGUGGUGCCGGAGCACUUCGAGACUACUUUUUACGGAUGCAGUACAAAAAUCCGGGGUUCUUUGCACUGAUGGACCUGGACGAUGACGGGAGGCUAAAGAAUGUAUUUUGGGCAGAUCCCCGUAGUAGAGCUGCAUACCAAUAUUUCGGUGAUGUGGUAACCUUCGACACCACAUACUUGACGAACCGAUAUGGGAUGCCCUUCGCACCAUUUGUUGGUGUAAACCACCAUGGGCAGUCAAUUUUGUUGGGAGCUGGUUUGAUUUCAUCUGAGGAUACACAUACCUUCGUGUGGUUAUUCCAAACCUGGUUGCAGUGUAUGGAUGGUGUCGCGCCGAAGGCUAUUAUCACUGACCAAGAUAGAGCCAUGAAAAAUGCAAUUGCUCUUGUCUUUCCAGAAAGUCGCCAUAGAUUUUGCCUAUGGCAUAUCCUGAAGAAAGUCCUAGAAAAGCUUGGAUGCUAUGGUUCCUACAAAAGUGGCAUGAAAACUGCACUGAUGAAAUGUGUUUAUGACACACAAAAGUGGGAAGAGUUUGAAAAAUCUUGGCAUGAGAUGAUCAGCACGUAUAACUUGCAUGAUAAUGUCUGGUUGCAGAGUUUAUACACUGAGCGUUGCCAUUGGGUACCGGCCUUCUUAAAAGACAUUUUUUGGGCUGGGAUGAGUACUACGCAGCGGAGCGAGAGCAUGAAUGCCUUUUUUGAUGGUUACGUUCAUGCUAAGACGAACCUGAAAGAGUUUAUCGAUCAGUACGAUAAUGCCCUGAAAAAGAAAAUUGAGAACGAAAAUGUCGCUGACUUCCACUCAUUUAAUCUCACAAUUCCUUGCAUCUCUAGAUCGCCUAUUGAAAAGAGAUAUCAAGAUUUGUAUACAAAUGUUAAAUUCAGGGAAGUUCAGAUCCAGCUUACCGGCAUUAUCGACUUGGACCCAGUUUUACAUAGAAGAGAGGGUACUGUAAAGACCUAUUUGGUAGAGGAUGAAGUUCGUGUUGAAGAUUUUACGAAGCAAGUGACACACUCAGUAGAUUUUAAUGAGGAAGAUGGUGUCGCGAAAUGCUCUUGUGGUUUAUUUGAAAUGAGGGGGAUAAUGUGCCGGCACAUCUUCGCUGUGUUCAAAUGUAACGGGAUUAAGACAAUGCCACAACAGUACAUUUUGGAUCGAUGGAGGAAGGACAUUAAAAGAAGAUACACGUUAAUUAACAGCAGCUAUGACGCAGGCGAGGUGCGGGAAGAUGCUAAUAGAUAUUCAAGUCUGUUGAAUAUUUGUUAUAAAAUGAUUACUUGUGCUGCGGGUUCGAAAAAGCAUACUGAGGAUGCAACAACUAAGUUGCAUGCAAUGAUUGACCUGUACUCUGAGACCCAAGAACCCCCAUCGCUGGCUGAAAAUUGUUUAAAUGUUGGUGGCAUGACAAAGGAAAGUGCAGCUACCACUGGAAGUUCAACUCAAGUACUCAGUCCAAAGAUAGUUCGAGGGAAAGGCAGGCCCCCAUCUAUAAGGAGAGCAUCUAGGAUGGAGAAAGAGUUGAGAAAAGUUAAAGAGAAAACGAAGAAAGCGCAGGGAAAGGGAAAACGCAAACAGCGGGAUGGAGACGAUACCCAUGGUGUGGACACUUGCAGGAGCUUAUUUGGCCCCUCCGAUUUGGACGUCUCCAAUAUUGGACACGUGCAGGCUAUUCCAGACAGGUCGCUAGCAUAUGACAUUAGGGGAACCCAAUCAACAGAUCCAGUGAUUCAAACUCAACAAAGUAUGGAAUUUGGGUUGGACGGAUCACAACCGCUGCACGUUGAGUUUGAUGGAUCACAACCACAGCAAUGA